UUGCCGAGCGUUUCCUUGCCGGCUGGUCCCGAGACGGAACGCUGCGCCCUGCGCCCGCCAGCGCCUCCUUCUUCGGUCGCCGCCCUGUUCUCUCGGGAUUCCUUCUCCACGGAGACAGACGCUCGGUGAGGGGGCUGUGGUGGACGAAGGGGAGUUCGGAAGAGACGGACCCGGGAGCCCUCUCGCUCGCUGACAGCUUCGCGUCGAGACGCGGGCGGCGCGGGGCUCCAGAUCGCUGCGAGUCUCACCCACCUUCUCGCGGCCGCCGCGCGGGCGAUGCGGCCACCCCGAGCCACGGCGCCGCGAGGACGGAGGACCCCCGGGAGAGCCUAGAGCUGCUUUCUGCCCACCCGGGGAAGCGGGCAUGGAGUGGUGAGCUCCCCUCGCUCGGCGAGGCCGCCCGCGGCAGGCUCCCCAUGGCCGGGACGUACAGCUCCACUCUGAAGACGCUGGAGGAUUUGACCUUGGACUCCGGGUAUGGGGCCGGGGACUCGUGCCGCUCGCUCAGCCUCUCCUCGUCCAAGUCCAACUCGCAAGCGCUCAACUCUUCGGCGCAGCAGCACCGCGGGGCGGCUUGGUGGUGCUACUCGGGCUCCAUGAACAGCCGCCACAACAGCUGGGACACGGUGAACACGGUGCUGCCGGAGGAUCCCGAAGUGGCCGAUCUCUUCUCGCGCUGCCCGCGACUCCCGGAGCUGGAGGAGUUUCCCUGGACCGAGGGAGAUGUAGCCCGGGUGCUCCGCAAAAGUAUCGGCGGCCGGAGGCUGCCCGGGUUCUCCGCCGAGGCGGUGAGGCGUCUGGCGGGGCUGCUCCGCCGGGCGCUCAUCCGCGUGGCCCGCGAGGCGCAGCGCCUGAGCGUGCUGCACGCCAAGUGCACCCGCUUCGAGGUGCAGAGCGCUGUGCGCCUGGUGCACAGCUGGGCGCUGGCCGAGAGCUGCGCGCUGGCGGCGGUCAAGGCGUUGUCUCUGUACAGCAUGAGCGCGGGCGACGGACUACGCCGGGGCAAGUCGGCGCGCUGCGGCCUCACCUUCUCGGUGGGCCGCUUCUUCCGUUGGAUGGUGGACACUCGCAUCUCGGUGCGCAUCCAUGAGUACGCGGCCAUCUCGCUUACCGCCUGCAUGGAGAACCUUGUGGAGGAGAUCCGAGCCAGGGUGCUGGCAAGCCAGAGCCCCGACGGCGGAGGGGCAGGAGGCGGGGAGGUAUCCGCUGAGGCCUUGGAGAUGGUGAUCAACAAUGACUCGGAGCUCUGGGGAGUCUUGCAACCCUAUGAGCAUCUCAUCUGCGGCAAGAACGCCAAUGGUGUCCUCUCCCUCCCUGCAUACUUCAGUCCCUACAACGGUGGGACCCUGGGCCAUGAUGAGCGAGCAGAUGCCUACGCUCAGCUGGAGCUUCGGACGCUGGAGCAGUCUCUUCUAGCCACAUGUGUGGGCAGCAUCUCAGAGCUGAGUGACCUAGUCUCUAGAGCCAUGCAUCACAUGCAGGGACGCCAUCCCCUGUGCCCAGGCACCAGCCCUGCCCGUCAGGCCCGCCAGCCAUCACAGCCGAUCACCUGGUCCCCUGAUGCCCUUCACACGCUCUACUACUUUCUACGAUGUCCACAGAUGGAGUCCAUGGAGAACCCCAACCUGGACCCCCCAAGAAUGACCCUGAACAAUGAACGGCCCUUCAUGCUGCUGCCACCACUGAUGGAGUGGAUGCGUGUGGCCAUCACCUAUGCAGAGCAUCGCCGCAGCCUCACUGUGGACAGCGGUGACAUCCGGCAGGCAGCCCGACUGCUGCUACCCGGCCUGGACUGCGAGCCCCGCCAGCUCAAACCUGAGUGCUGCUUCAGUUCCUUCCGGAGGCUGGAUGCCCAAGCUGCUACUGAAAGAUUCAACCAAGACCUGGGCUUCCGCAUGCUCAACUGUGGGAGGACAGACCUCAUCAGCCAGGCCAUCGAAGCCCUGGGCCCAGACGGGGUAAACACUAUGAAUGACCAGGGUAUGACACCACUGAUGUAUGCCUGUGCUGCUGGAGAUGAAGCCAUGGUCCAGAUGUUGAUUGAUGCUGGGGCAAACUUGGACAUCCAGGUUCCAAGCAACUCUCCCAGGCACCCCUCCAUCCACCCAGACAGCAGGCACUGGACCUCGCUGACGUUUGCAGUGCUACAUGGACACAUCUCUGUAGUGCAGCUGCUGCUGGAUGCUGGUGCCCAUGUAGAGGGCUCAGCAGUGAACAGCGGGGAGGACAGCUAUGCUGAGACACCCUUGCAGCUGGCAUCUGCAGCAGGGAACUACGAGCUGGUCAGCUUACUGCUGAGCAGGGGUGCUGACCCUCUCCUUAGCAUGCUGGAAGCCAAUGGCAUGGCUUCUUCCCUCCAUGAAGACAUGAACUGCUUCAGCCACUCAGCCGCCCAUGGCCACAGGAACGUGUUAAGGAAGCUCCUGACUCAGCCACAGCAGGCCAAAGCAGAUGUGCUGUCUCUGGAGGAGAUCCUGGCCGAGGGGGUAGAGGAAAGCGACACAUCGAGUCAGGGUAGCAGCAGCGAGGGGCCUGUGCGGCUGAGCCGGACCCGCACAAAGGCCCUGCAGGAGGCCAUGUACUACAGCGCUGAGCACGGCUACGUAGACAUCACCAUGGAGCUGAGAGCACUGGGUGUCCCUUGGAAGCUGCAUAUCUGGAUCGAGUCUCUGCGGACCUCCUUCUCGCAGUCACGGUACUCAGUGGUACAGAGCCUCCUGAGGGACUUCAACUCCAUCAAGGAGGAGGAGUAUAAUGAGGAGCUUGUGACCGAGGGCUUGCAACUCAUGUUCGACAUCCUCAAGACCAGCAAAAACGACUCCGUCCUUCAGCAGCUGGCCGCCAUCUUCACGCACUGCUAUGGCAGCAGCCCCAUCCCCAGCAUCCCGGAGAUCCGGAAGACCCUGCCGGCCAGGCUAGACCCUCACUUUCUGAACAACAAGGAGAUGUCAGAUGUAACUUUCCUGGUGGAGGGAAAGCUGUUUUAUGCACACAAAGUCCUACUGGUGACAGCUUCUAACAGGUUCAAGACAUUAAUGACCAAUAAAUCAGAGCAAGAUGGGGACAGCAGCAAAACCAUCGAGAUCAGUGACAUGAAGUACCAUAUCUUUCAGAUGCUGAUGCAGUAUCUCUAUUAUGGAGGAACAGAAUCCAUGGAAAUCCCCACGGCUGACAUCCUGGAGCUGCUGUCAGCUGCCAACCUAUUCCAGUUGGACGCCCUGCAGCGGCACUGUGAGAUCCUGUGCUCCCAGACCCUCAGUGUGGAGAGUGCUGUCAACACCUACAAAUAUGCCAAGAUCCACAAUGCCCCAGAGCUGGCCCUGUUCUGUGAAGGCUUCUUCCUCAAGCACAUGAAGGCCCUGCUGGAGCAGGAUGCCUUCCGGCAGCUCAUCUAUGGCCGCAGCAGCAAAGUGCAGGGCCUGGACCCACUGCAGGACCUGCAGAGCACCCUCGCUGAGCGUGUGCAUUCUGUCUAUGUCACAUCUCGGGUGUGAGGUGGGUUGGAGGGUGGCUGCCAUCUGUGGGUGUGCAAAGGCUGCUAAGACCUUGCAAGAGCAGAGCCACUAGGGUCUGCCCAUUGGGAGACAGGCUGUCAGCCCUCUUGGAGCUAGACUCAUGGGGUUGCUUAUGGCUGCUCCCUGAUACUCUAUGGUGUUGACUGAUCCUUGGGUGGGCAGAGAUGCCCUAAGCCCUCUCCACUAGUAACUGGCAAAAGGGUGUGACUAGGUGACCCUUUCUUCACCCAGCCCAUGGUUUGCACCUUGGGGGCCACCCUGUGCCCUCUCCCCACCAGUGACUCAGUGGCAGGUCUGGAUCCACCUCAGUUCCAACUCUACCCAGCCUGACUGGGACUGUUAGAAGCGUGGGCAUCCAUAUGAAUGCAGAGAAUGUCUCCUGAGCCCCGGGCCACUGAAUGCAAUAGCUGGUAUUUGUUUUCCUAAAUGCCACAGAGAAAAGGCUACUCAGAUCCUGUCCUCUAGGCUGUGCCUUUGAAAGUUCUGGCGGCCCUGGCUGCUUUUAGUCUGCUCAUGUCUGUGAAGACUGGGCCUCCACUGGCCCUCCCUUCAGGACUACUGACUUGCACCCCAAGCUUAGGGUGCAAGGGGGUACCACGUAGUAACAGGAGGGCACAAGUUUGUGCUGCUACAGCUAGGAGCCAAAGUAAAGAGGUGGAUUCUGGGACCUCAGGCCUAGCUCUAGACUGCCUCUGUGGGCUCAGGCAGCAGCGCCUUCAGGGUCUCUCAAGUGCAAGGUUUCUUUAACUCAGGACUGGAGAGCAGGGCACACUUGUCACUGGGAUCUGUGACUCAGGACAGGGCAUUGAUGGGAGAGAGGGGCUAGGUUAGAAAAGGCUCUUUCCUAUGUCACCUCCCCUCCUGCCCUUGAAGUCUUGGUUCCCCACCCCCUGGCCUGUUUAUGGAACCAGACACUGGGACAGCAUCAAGAACACCUACCUUAGAAACUAUUUAUUCAUCAAAAGCCCGGGACAUUUCAGAAGUGUAUCUUCGAUUACUUUGAAAAGCCCCCCAGGGCUUGCAAUCCUGGAAAAUAUUUUCAACUAGCUGCUUGUGCUGGAUGUACAGAGGAGUAGGUGGGAUUUUAUUGCUGUAAUAUUGUAUGAUACUGUAACUAUACCUUAAUGUCACUUAUUGUAAAUGUACUAUGGUUUUAUCGACAAUAAAUACUGAUUAACAAUGA